CGAUUGCGGGAGACACAACAACAGGAAAAGAUACAACUUACAAGUGCCCGAUCGUUUUACAGGUAGAUCUAUACAGCUAAUAUAUUUGAUAGUUAUUCUGACUUUAUUUUAUAUACACAAUUCUAUAAAUAUUGAUACUGUAUGGCGCGUUUGUUAUUGACACCGAAUGUGCACCAAACGACGUUUUCUCUACUUUCAAGUUGUCAUUUCGAAUUUCCUCUGCUAUAUAAUACAACGGGCGGACUUCAUUUGUCCAAGAUCGGCGUACGCCGAAAUGCGCCGGUCGUAUGACCAGCGUAAAACGGCGAAUUGGCAAAUGAAGUAAACCGGCGUGAAACAAACAUGGAUGAACAUGUUGUUACAACAAAAUACAGAUUUUUUCGUAGUUUCUUAACAAUUUCUUUUUAUCUGCCAGCAUGAUAAGUAAUGCAUUGUGCAACCUCGGUAUACUUCGCAUAUGAGCAAAGUUGUGCAGUAUAGAGGAAUUAAACGUUAUAAUAUGAUUACGAUGUGACUGUUGGGGCGAGCGCUGCAUAUCUGAAUACAUUUUCAAAAAAUUUAAUUAUAUUGAAAACAAGGAAAACUGAUCUGGUUCACUGUCAAUACAUAGGAUUACUGUCUUGCUCUUCUCGCCAAUGUAGGAACCAGUUUAGCGGGAAAUGCAACGAGCGUGUUGUGACGUAGCCUGGUAGUUGUGACGUGACUGUUUACAUUUCUUUAGACAAUAUUUUAAAAAGAAAAAGAAAGGGGGAAGAAUAUGAUUGUCAUCCUUUCCUUUCAAAUAAGAAAGGUUUGUAAUACUUCAAAGAUUUUUUUUAUUAUUAUUUUACGAAUCGAACCAUCCGCCAUUUUGUACAAGGGAUUUCUGGGAUUGGCGUAAAAAAAAAAUUCUUGUUAGAGGUUGAGAUUUAGCUCAGAUUAUUUCCCGCACUCUUAGUCAUUAGAGCUCGCAGUACAAGUUGGCUCACUGCGCUCGCUAUUAAAGCUACGAAUGAACAUUUAUUUAAUCAAUGCAUUCAAUCAAUGAACAUGCCGAUCUAUUAACAAAUAUCUACAUUUUUUCAUCUCAUAACAUCAUCUUACCGUGAGCUUUCCGCCAUUCUUGAAAAAUCAGUGAAUUCCACGCCGGUCUUUCUAAACUGGCAAGAUUGGCAUAUGCCGGCGAACCUUUCCCGGACAAAUGAAGCAACAAGCCAGAUUAUUUCACUCAUAUGGAGACCUCAUCACUGCCGGUGAAGGGCUGCAAAAUUUAGGCCUAUGCUCGGCGCUUAUGGCCUUUGAGCAGGGAGGGAUCUUUAUCGUACCACACCUGCUGUGACACGGGUCCUCGGUUUUUGCGGUCUCAUCUGAAGGACCGCCCCAUUCAGUCGCCUCUUACGACAAGCAAGGGUACUGAGGACCUAUUCUAACCCGGAUCCCCACGGGAAUAUGUCAGUGUGAAGAGGCUGGAGCAAAACAAUGAACCCAUAUGGUGGUGCUGACCGGGGACCAGUGUCGCGAGUGGAGCUCAGAAUUGAAUGUAAAGCGCUGAAUAAAAAGGAUGAGUUCUCGAAGUCAGACCCAUGUGCAGCUCUGUACAUGCUGUCUCGAAAAAGUCAGCAAUGGGAGGAGCUAGGACGGACAGAGCUGAUCAAAAACUGUCAUGAUCCAAAGUUUGCACAUGCUUUCACAGUGGACUAUUUCUUUGAGGAAGUUCAGAAAGUGAAAAUAGAGGUGUAUGACUUAGACAAUGAAACAGCAACUCUUGAAGAUGACGAUUUUCUGGGCAAGGUGGAAUGUAAUUUAGGGGAGAUAGUUUCUAGGAAUCCCUAUAAUGGGCCUCUUUUGAAGAAGGAUGGAAAACCCAUGGGCGGAUCCACGAUUUUUAUCAGGUCAGAAGAAAUCAAGGCAGGGGGAGAGAUGGCAAGCAUGAAAUUUAAUGCCACCAAACUCGACAACAAGGAUUUCUUGGGGAAGUCAGAUCCUUACUUAGAAAUCCUGAAGAAGGCAGCUGAUGGGUCCUGGCAGGUUGUCCACAGAACGGAGGUCAUUAAGAAUACAUUAAAUCCGGUGUGGCGACCAUUCACCCUGUCUGUACAUGACCUGUGUGGGGGAAACAAAUCUCAGGAUAUCAAGUUUGAUUGCUAUGACUACGACAAUGACGGGUCACAUGACUUUAUCGGGACAUUCACAACCACGUUAGAAGACUUGGAGUCCAAAACUCAAGGAGGAAAAGAGGCCCAGUAUCCUUGUAUUAAUCCAAAGAAACAAUCGAAAAAGAAAUACCAAAACUCCGGCGUUAUACACUUGACAGAGCUGAAGAUUUUCAAGCAGCCAUCCUUCCUAGAAUUUGUUUAUGGAGGAAUGCAAAUAAACUUUACUGUUGGGAUUGAUUUCACUGGAUCCAAUGGGAACCCUGCUAAUCCCAACUCUCUACACUACAUCAACCCUUACCAGCCUAAUGAAUACAUGCAAGCCAUACAGGCAGUAGGCAAUGUCUGUCAGGAUUACGAUACAGAUAAAUUGUUUCCUGCUCUUGGAUUUGGUGCCAAAUUGCCAGAUGGGAAAGUAUCUAUGGAGUUUGCCAUCAACUUUAACCCUAGCAACCCAUACUGUGCAGGAAUUGGUGGUGUUCUAGAAGCAUACAAGACAUGUAUACAGAGAGUGAACCUUUAUGGCCCCACUAAUGUGGCGCCCAUCGUAUACCACGUUGCCAGGUUCGCAGAACAGGGCCAGAAGGAAGAAGGCACCAAAGGGGCACAUGCAUAUUUCGUCCUUCUCCUGUUGACUGACGGGAUUAUCACAGACAUGGACAAGACGAGGGACGCCAUUGUUUACGCCUCAGGCCUGCCGAUGUCCCUCAUUAUUGUGGGGGUGGGGGAGGCAGAUUUCAGCGACAUGAACUUUCUGGAUGGUGAUGACGGAGUACUGAAAGGAGCCAAUGGCAGGCCGGCUCUGAGGGACAUUGUGCAAUUCGUGCCUUUCAGGGAUUUCAAGAUGACUUCUGGUGCCGAGCUGGCUCGACAUGUUUUAGCCGAAGUUCCCCAACAAGUGGUUCAGUACUACAAGAUGAGGAAGAUCCCCCCCAAACCCAGACCGGCUCCACAAGGAACUUAAAACAGCUGCUGUAUAAUAAUUAAUAAUUUAUUUUAGUUGUGUGUAAUUAUUGAAUACAAGUGUAGGACAGCUUUGGUGCUCUGGACAUAAUACGUAGUGUGUAGUUUUUUUCUUGUAAUUUUAUUAAGUGGCAUUGUACUAAACUUACAGAUUACCAAUACGUGAAUAUUUUAAUUUUUCCUCCAUUUAUAUAAUUCUAUGAUAUAAAGUUUACCAUGUUUCAGGGCCACAUUUUACAAUAGAACUUGCAACUAAGACCAAAAUCUUCUUUUGCAAUGUAUUUCAUUCUUUACGUUGAUGAAAUUGUGAUUCUAAUGUAAAUAAGAAUUUAGUUAUGCAAUUUCAUACAGUUAUAAUUAUGAUCUUACAAAAUGAAUGAAGUUGAUGAAUUUUUAGAACAAUGCAACAUUUCUAGUCUUAAGCUCUUUUCUAAUUAGGGACCUGAUGCUACCAAAAACAAAAAACAAAGAAUUGUGAGGGGAUAAAAAGGGAGAUCAGCUAUACAUGUACAAGACUUGUGCAAUAAUUAGGAGAGAGAGAGAGAGAGAGAGAGAGAGAGAGAGAGAGAGAGAGAGAGAGAGAGAUUUUGAGCUGUGCUGAUUAUGAAUUUUCGUUUUAUAAUGUGCUCAAUUUCCAUGCAAUAAGUCAGGGAAAAUGAUUAUAAUAUUGCUUCAACAGUAACGAUCAAAUAAAUUAUUUGUCUAUAAACAUAAAGCUAACAUAAACUAAUAUCUGAAAUCUUAUUUUGACAUUUUCUAUCUGUCCUACCAGACAUUUCUCUCACUAGAUAUUCUGCCGUCAUUUCUUCUAUGAACCUCUUUACAGCUCUUUUGACAGAAGGCCCAUGUGAGCUUUCCUGAGUGGAUCAAAUCAUGUAUGUUGUUGCAUAUAUGUGAAACAUUUCACAUUCUCAACUUGUUUUCCAGAACGACUUGGCCAAAUUUUCAAACUUUGCACAAUGUUUCCUUCGGUAAAGGGGGUUCAAGACAAAGGGUCAUGCCGUUUCCAUGUGGAAUUAGGAAAUACAUGUAGUAUUAAAAAUAGGGCGAGGUUAUUUGGAAAUAUUCCUCGAAAUACCACUAGUUUAAAAAAUAUGACAUUUAUAUCCUCAUAGCUUUAUUACUGCUUAUAAAGUGCCAAGUGUUGAAAUAUGCAGGGGCACGUUUUACAAAAGAACUUACGACUUACAACCACCUUUACAUACUGGAAUUUUCCAGUUCAUUGUAAGAUCAUUCACUCCAUAUGCAAAACAUUUUUUGUAAAAUGUUGAAAAUUAAGCCUUAGAAAAGUUUUACUUCAUUCAUUCAAAAUAAUAACUGUGUAAUACAAUAUAAGACUUGCGACUUUUUCGCAAGUUGUUUUGUAAAACGGGCCCCAGCAUUCUUCAUCCAGCUAUGUAGCUCUAAGUUUGUUCUUACCUUGACUUUAUGGUGUAGGAUGGGGUCAUAAUAGAUAGAAAUGUAUUUUUAUGAUAAGAAAUACUUGAUUUUUACUUUGGAAUCCAAAACUAUAAUUUGAUUAAUGUGAAUGAACAGUGUAGAUUAUUUAAUCUUUGCCCCUCUCCCUACAACCAAAGGGCCAGGCUCUCUACAAGUGUGAAUUAAAAAAUAGUCUCAUUCACAAGGAGACUUUAUGGUCUGGCAAAACAAAUGCAAUUCUUAUAGAAAGGAAUAUAGUUGUUUGUAUCAUGAUACACCACCCCCACCUACCCUGGGCGGAGUAGACACACAGUAGAAAUGAAAACAUUACUCUGUGAGAAUCUUUGCAUAACAAUAGAGUUAAUAGGGCCUUUAAACUUUGAGUAAGUACCCCAAGACAGGAAGUGGUAUUCAUAGGAGUUGUCUAACGGCAGGUCUUGGCCACAGCUAGUGUAUCGAGGCACAUCUCUUUAUUGAACAAGGCACUCGGGGUGAACAUUGUGACCCAUGGGCAUCUGGGUUCAUUUUAUUUUCAAGCUUCCUUUUAUACAUUAUUGCUGCUGAAAAUUUUCUAUUAAAUUCAGUUAAACUUCA